AUGGGCCUGGAGCAGCCAGGCGCAUUGACCCCCCACUUCUGGCAGUCGUCGUGGGGUCCCAGCCUCGAGCAUGCUAGGUGCGCAGUUGACGCAGUGCGAGCUUGGGCGCGCCUUGCUCUGCAGCGGGCUUUCCAGAUGAGCGCUGCCACAGUGCAGAUUUGCCUGCUGCGGGGCCUCACUGGAGGUAUCCUCGCACUUCCCCGCGCCGUUUCCAGGCGAGCCUCCUUUGAUUCGGUGAAGCUCCUCGGCCGCGAUGGAGCCCCCGGACCAGGCGGGCCAGCGGGCGCGCUGGCUCCUUGGCGCUAG